AUGCCAGAUUUAUCGACAACUAAGGCAAAGGCCCGCAAACCACGGACCAAGACUUUCACUGGAUGUUGGACUUGUCGAGAGCGUCGAGUGAAGUGCGAUGAGGAACACCCUCACUGUCGACGGUGCCAACGGACUGGUUGGACAUGCAAAGGGUAUGAUUUGCGCCUAGGAUGGUCUCAAACCCCCGGGAAUCGCUCUCAUAGGCGUCAAUUCCGGCCCCUAUCACGAGAUGUGAACCAUGAGCUGUCAUCUGCCGCUGUGACAGCACUGCUGGUUGAGUUGGAUGAGUAUUCAGGGGACGGCUGUGCCCAACAACGAGGACCAUUCUCGGUCUUCUCUGUUUUUUCAAACCCGGAAGUCCACGAUCCAGGCCCUUUUGAUCUACACAACUUGGAAUAUGCACCUUCAACCCAAGAUUCGGAAGAUACACAGCAUACCUCGUCGUACUCAAUUGACUCACCAGUUGGUGGCAGAUAUAGCGAGGUGGCUUCACCGAAACCAACGUGGGAUGGAUUAUCAUCUACUACCAUACCGUCCACAUCUGAAUCCCAUGAGGAAUCAUGCACGGCAUUAUUAAAUCCUAAUUCUCGGAUUGGUGAGAUCUCUAUCAGUGCAAUCGCUCAUGUCGUUGAUCACAACAAAGCCGAAAACAGGCCGCCAGAACCGAGUGACUACGGCACACCUGUAUCCAAUAUUCACAGCAAUAGGACUGGGCUGUCCCUCCGGAACUCCAUGAGUCCAUUGAGUCUCCCAAGACUAGAGAUGGAACUAAUUCAUCACUGGGUUGUUUUUCUCAGCGGAAACAUGCUCCUAAUCGACACCCCGGACAAUCCCUGCCGGACAGUGUUCCUUCCUCUGGCUCUGAAAGGCCUCGAUGCCUCUCCAACAGAGUCGAACAUCCAUCUCUCAAUUUUCCACGCUAUUUGUGCCUCUUCUGCCUUCGGUCUUUCUCACCUCCGCCAUGAUUCGCGGUACCACUCCCUCGCCCUCCACCAUGACCAUCUGGCUCUGCGUCAUUUACGAGGAAGCCUGCAGCGGGCUCGCUGCCUAGAUGAGCCCACAUUAACUGCCGUCCUCACUUGCAUCAUGGCUGAGGCCAUGUCUGGCCGGCGCAGCCGAUGGAGAGCACACGUUUCUGGAUGCCUUGGUCUUCUGCAAAACGAUGUCCAUGGCGACUGGGUUCGAAGUCCGACUGCUGCUAGAUUACUUCAAAGUUACUUGUCACUUUCGUCACUAUGCAGUAUUCCCAUACCCGAACAGCUCAUGUCACUCCUCGAUGGCCCCUCCGAUUUCCAUCACUACCUAGAGCGAUCGCAUGGAGUCACAACGCCACUGGUCCAAUACCUCGCUCAAAUCACCACACUUGUUGAAACCCGGACACAGCUGCCCACCGAGGAACUAGACAGACUCGAACUCCAACUUUACUUGAAUUUUCCAUCCUUGUCCAACCCAGACGCCCCGGGCUCGAUCAUCGUCCAACAUGCUCUGAACUCAUUCUACUACGCGACGAUUGUAUACUUCCGCCGCAGUUUGCGAGGCGCACAGUUGUGCGACGUACAGGAUCUGGUUGAGAAAGCAAUACACGAGCUUGAAUCUGCCGAUGCGCUCACGCGUGACAAGGGCGGUUGUUCUUACAACUGGGCAAGUUUUGUGAUUGCCGCUGAUUGUGAGCGGCGUGAUCUGCAAGAGCGCAUGUUGACAUUCUUUGGCUGGAAAACUCGGCACGGGAUCCUGAACAUCAAUGCACUAUGUGAAAUCGUUCAAGCUCUGUGGAACCGACGGACAGCGGCUGGACCGCACGUCGAUAUACAGUGGCAGGAUAUUGCAAGGGAGGCUGAUUUUGACUUCAUGCUUGUUUGA